AUGGAAACGGAAUUAGGUCUGAAACCGGGAGAAAUCGGCUUAGGAACCACUCUUGUAGCUGUUGGCUUUGAUGGAGGUGUGAUCAUUGGAGCGGAUUCACGCACGUCGAUGGGGGGCGCAUAUGUUGUCAAUAGGGUUACGGAUAAGUUGACCUACGUUAGUGAUAGGAUAUACUGCUGCCGGUCUGGCAGUGCAGCUGAUACGCAAGCUGUUGCUAAUCUCGUCACCUAUUAUCUACAACUAUACGCUAUACAACAUGGAGAGGAGCCUCCUGUCCGUGUGGCAGCAGCGUUGUUCCAGGAACUCUGCUAUAAGAACAAGGAAAUGUUAUCGGCAGGGAUAAUUUGUGCUGGAUGGGAUAAGUAUGCUGGUGGUUCCGUUUACGGCAUACCGAUAGGAGGAUCAUUGCACAAAUUGCCAUAUGCUACAGCAGGUAGUGGUUCUACAUAUCUCUAUGGUUAUCUUGAUACCGCAUUUAGACCAAACAUGACCAAGGAAGAAACAAUAGAAUUAGUCAAGACUGCUAUUGCACUUGCAAUUGGUAGAGAUGGAUCAUCUGGAGGUUGCAUUCGUCUUGCUGUUAUUACAGAAGAUGGCGUGGAGCGGCAUUUUAUUCCGGGAGAUCAAGUACCAGUCUUGGGCAUAUGA